UAAUUUUGUGAGAGUACAACUUUCAACAACAUUUUUAAAUAUUCAAAAUUCGCGCCCAUUUUUUGACAGAUAUCAAAACAAUUCACAAAAAACUUCAAUGUAGUGUAUAAGUAAAAUGUCGUUUUCAAUAACAAAUAAGUUAUUUCCGUCGAAUCACAAGACGGUUUUUGUACUAGACCACACUCCCUAUUUUGGUAUAUCAUGCGAGAGUCCCAUAGAACUCGAAUUUUUGAAAGCCAGAACUCCCGGUUUUAUCCCCAUGACCCCCAUUUGCAAGUCUCUGUGGACCUCAAGUGUGGAAUCGGCCAUUGAAUAUUGCAGAAUAGUUUGGGAUCUUUUUCCUCAAGGAAAAUUGGUUAGAUUUAUUGCCAGUGACACUGUUGCUCAUAUUUUAAAUACAUGGAGUCCCUCGCAGCAGAAUUUGAGUCAUGUAAUGAAUGCAAUGUCACUAAUUGGGGUUCCGCCCCCUCAUGCAGUUAACCGAAACUUGGAGUAUACAGUUUUGCACGGUUUGAGGGCCGCAAUUGAGGCUUUGAGUGAUUAUACGGACAUCCAAGUCAAGAAAAAUCAAAACCAAACUUUUGGUGACGUGCAAACAAAAUUAAUAAAUCGAUGUAGAGUGAUUUGUAUCACCUCGGCACGUGAUAAUGACAGUAUGAAACGACUAGAAGAAAUAUUUUUAAGUGUUUUGCAACAACAAAACAAAGUUGCCGCGGGAUCUGAUAGAUUGUUGACAAUUGAUCAUUGCCACCUUGUUAUUAUUAACACUUUUCCUGUCAAUAUUGAAUCGCAAGUCAAUAACCACCCCCCCAAAAAUUUGUCAACAAUCCUGACAACUGAAGUUCACUCAAUCAAAGCCCCCUUGAUCUCAAACAAACUGUCCACUCUCAUAUUGGAACACUAUAACCUUGCCAGCACCACAGUUACAGGAAUUCCCAUGAAAGAGGAGCAAAAUGCGAGUUCCUCAGCUAACUAUGAUGUGGAAAUUUACCACUCAAGUUGCGCCCAUACCGCCAUCCUCAAAGGCAAUGCCCUCGAUUCAGCCGCGAUUCGUACCAUCAAAGACGGCUUGGAAUAUGAAACUGUCACUCUGAAGUGGUGUACACCACGCGGUUGUUCUGGAUCCGAGCUUCAAAAUUGUACUGGAAUGUUCCGGAUUACUCCAGUUGAUGUCAAUUCCAGGCCAUCCCUGUGUCUUAUUAAUUUUCUCCUAAACGGGAGAUCAGUCAUGUUGGAAAUGCCGAGGAAAGCGGGAGGGAAAAUCACGAGUCAUUUGUUGGCCUCCCAUGGGGGAGAAAUUUUUAUCCACACUUUGUGUACGGCGAGGUCGGUUUUGGAAGAUCCCCCAAGUAUUUCGGAAGGGUGCGGGGGGAGAGUGACCGAUUAUAGGAUCACAGAUUUUGGAUUGUUGAUAAAACAGAAUACUUUGGUGCCGAUUAAGGCCGGCUUCGUGGAUGAGGGGAAUAGACCGAUUCAGAAGAUGAAAACGAGGCUAAAUAGACAUGCGAAGUACUGGCCGUUAACGAUUAGUUCAACUUUGAUUUUUAACUUGAAAGGGUACAUUGAUCCUCUUCCAUCUAUUAUAACGAAAGAAAAAAUCACAGAAGACGAAGUGAUCCAAUGCAGACGCAUUAUAAUUAAUUUGAUGUCCCUGGAGAAGAAAAACGAGUCAUUAUACUCUUUAAACGCAGGUCAAAGGGUGAAAGGUCAAAAAAGGGAAGACCAGUACAAAGCCAUGUGGAACGAACUAGAGACGCUCCUUAAGAAAAAUCUACACACAGCAGACCACAUGAGCAUUUAUAACUGUCUUUUAGAGUGUCACAAAUUUAAUUUUGAAGAGGAGAAAUUGUCAGAUAAAGUCGAAUUAGAUGAAGCUUUACGCGAAUUGGAUCGUAUAGGUCCGUCGAAAUCCGACUCUGACGUCCCCCGAGCCUCAGUCAUCCGCGCCACCACGGAUUCGCCAAUGUCGCCCCCACCACUCACCAGUAUUAAUCCUCCUUUAGCUAAAUCUGCAAGUAGCAGGUCUGGAGGUAUUUACUCUGCUCCUCGGACCCUCCUUGAUAUCUUCACAUCGCAAGAGAAGGUGAAGUCAAGACCGGAGUUCUGUGGGAGGAUAACAGGUGGUGCUGUUGCAAAGCUCUACGCCAAUAACAAGUACGCCGAUUCGGGAUCUAGAGGGGAAAGUAUGGAAGUUGAAUAAAGUUUUUGGAAAAAAAAUAAUGCCGUGAAAGAUUUAUAUUUAUGAAAAUAUCCUACAAAAAACCUCAAACUCAUUUUCUACAACUGAUAUUUAUACAGUUACAUCGUUCAGAUUAUGAAUAUCUCCUGUUUGCUAUGAUUACAAGAAGCAGCGUGAAUAGGAGCGAAUAAAAAACAUGAAAAAAGUCGAUUAAAGACAUUCAUAAUCCAUAUUAAAAAAUAUAAUAACACAUUACUAUAUAUAUAAUUUUAAAUAAAUUCACUAACUAUUUGUUUUUUGUAAAAGUGUUAUGUAUACAUUCUACAGUAUUAUUCAUAAAAGGCAUUCAGUUAUUUGUUGUAUCUAUAUAUAAUAUAAAUAUUUUAUAUUAAAAUGGAGCAUCUAUAACUCGAAAUUACAAAAUCGUUUGACUUGAUUCUCUGAUUUUCUCUUCCGAAUUGUUUGGUUUGUACUCCCGUUAAAUACGAUUUUAUAACACCGAUGAGAAAAUU